CCGGCGCCCCGAGCAGCCCAAGCCGGGGCGCGCAGCCGGGGCGCAACCCGCGCCCCCCGCCGCGACUGACAUGAUGUUUCCACAAAGCAGGCAUUCGGGCUCCUCGCACCUCCCCCAGCAGCUCAAAUUCACCACCUCCGACUCCUGCGACCGCAUCAAAGACGAGUUCCAGCUCCUACAGGCCCAGUACCACAGCCUGAAGCUGGAAUGUGACAAGCUGGCCAGUGAGAAGUCGGAGAUGCAGCGUCACUACGUCAUGUACUAUGAGAUGUCCUACGGCUUGAACAUCGAGAUGCACAAGCAGGCGGAGAUCGUCAAGAGGCUGAAUGGCAUCUGUGCCCAAGUCCUGCCCUACCUCUCCCAGGAGCACCAGCAGCAGGUCCUGGGCGCCAUCGAGAGGGCCAAGCAGGUCACUGCCCCGGAGCUGAACUCCAUCAUCCGGCAGCAGCUCCAGGCUCACCAGCUGUCGCAGCUGCAGGCGUUGGCGCUGCCCCUGACGCCCCUGCCCGUGGGGCUGCAGCCGCCGUCGCUGCCAGCCGUGAGCGCGGGCACCGGGUUGCUGUCGCUGUCGGCGCUGGGCUCCCAGGCUCACCUGUCUAAGGAAGACAAGAACGGGCACGACGGCGACACCCACCAGGAGGAUGACGGCGAGAAAUCCGACUAGGCGGCGGCUGCGGCGGCCGGGGACGGGAGGGCGGGAGGGGAGACUGAGGCACAGAGAGGCGGGCGUGCAGAGCGCCAGCCAGACAGCUCCGCUCUGGAUGGGCGACACUCUGGUAGUAUUUAUGGUCACCGCCGCCGCCGGCUGCUUGCUAGCCACCCUUAGAUCUCCUCCCCAGCCAUCCCGGCUCUCCCACUCUUCUCCCCGCCCCCUUGAGGCAAGCUGAGGGCUGGCCAGAGUUGGGGACCAGACCCCGCCCCGCAGGGUGCAGAGCAAAGCCUCUAGCAUCCUGGCGCCCCACGCGCCCCUAUGGCACACACCAGACAGUCUGGCCUCACAUAGGCCCUCGGAUGAAGCUACAGCGCCCACCCUGGCACUGCAUGUACUCGACGCUACCAGCCCCUUCCCUGCCUGGGCUCCCCGAAUCUGCCCCUGCCCUGGGACCACUCUGCUCCCUACACCUGCUCCAGUAGCUGGAGUCGCCCCCAGCCCACCCCAUCCUCUGCCCUGCCCCAUGGAAGAAGGGGUCAGAGCUGGGCAUGAUGGCUCAUGCCUGUCAGCCCCCUGGGAGGCUGAGGCAGGAGAGUCUCAAGGUCCAGCCCAAGCUGGGUGACCUAGUGACUUAAAAGAGCCUGUCUCAAAGUAGAAACUACACAAAGGGGCUGGGGAUGGGGCUCAGCGCCAAGGCCCUGGGUUCAAUCCCCAGUACUGAAGGAGGGAAGUGAGUCUAGCCGGGACCAGCAGGGUGGGGGCGGCACCCCAGGGAUUUCCUUCUCCCCUUCCCAAAUAAAGAUGAGGGUACUAAAGUUGUCUUGGUUAUUUUAUUAUUUUGGUUUUUAUCUUUUUCCUGUAACACUAGCCUGUCUUCUAAAAAAGGAGAUAUAUAGAAGAAGAGACAAAAUUUUAAGUCCCUGCCCCAGCUGUGUCUGUGUAGUCAGUUGCCUUUGAUUUCGGGAGAGGGGAAAGUGGUGUACGGAGGGUGGGCUAGCUGUGCCUUUCAAAUAAAGACGUGAGAAGGUUG